AUGGAAGUUGUUUUGGAAAUCGGAGAAGAGGCUAGACCUAAACCUUGUUCUUCAGAAACUGGAUCAGCUAAACAACAAGACGAGCCAGCUGAGAAAACCCUAGGAGACGAUUCUACUCAGGAGAACGGUGUUCGGGUUUCUGAAAACGGAGAGCAGAAGAUUUUGGGCGAUGUUGACGAGGGUGACAACAAAUCGAAGGAAAACGUUGUUGUUGAGGAGAAAUUGAACGGUUCUGGAGUAAUUGAAGAUUGUGUGAUGAAUGGCGUUUCGUCGUUACUGAAAUUGAAGCAAGAUGUAGCUGAAGAUGAAGAUGGAGAAGAAGAAGAAGAUGAUGAUGAAGAGCAUGGAUACUGUGUAGGAGAUUUCGUGUGGGGCAAAAUCAAGAAUCAUCCAUGGUGGCCAGGUCAGAUUUAUGAUCCAUCUGAUGCUUCAGAUUUGGCAUUGAAGAAGAAGCAAAAGGGGAAAUUGCUUGUUGCGUAUUUUGGAGACGGGACGUUCGCUUGGUGCGGCCCAUCGCAGUUGAAACCGUUUGCAGAGAGUUUCAACGAGUGUUCAACGGCAAGCAAUUCGAAGAGCUUCGUCGUUGCGGUGAAAGAGGCUGUUGAAGAAAUGGGUAGACACAUGGAGUGUUUACUGAUCUGUGAGAAGCAGAAGCUUGAUAAUCCAGAAGCUAAGAAUGCUGGGAUAAAAGAAGGUGUUCUUGUUCGUGAUGUGAGAAGAGAAAUCAUUUCGUCUUUGGUGCUUGGCAAAUCUGAAGGGAUUCUUAAAAAUGUUAGAAGCUUGGCAGAGACUGUUAGCUUUAACGGUUUGCUUGAGCUCGAGGUUUUCAAAAGGAAGGUGUCUGCGUUUUAUCGGUCACAGAGAGGAUAUGGUUUGACUGAGUAUCAUGAGCCCCAAACAGUCCCAGGACUUGAAGACAAGAACAAUGACGACGAUAAUGAUGAAGACGUUAACAUUGAUGAACGUUCUAGCAUCGAGGUGGAAGAAAAAGAUGAAGAAGAAGCGUUGGAUCCUGGAGGGUCUUCUGUUCAGAGAUCGAUGGUGAAGUGUUCUGGGUUUCCUGAUCAUAGGCAGCAACACAGAAGGAAGCAGAAGAGCAUUGCUGAGAUAUUGGAGAAUGAGUCGUCUGCGAUGGUGAGAUUCAUGACGGAGCCAUCGAAUGGAGCUGUCAAGUCUGGUAGGAAGAAAGAAUCCGCCACCACGCCGAGGAGGAGGAGAACGAGCAAACUUUCUGCAAUUGAAGACAAGAAAGUGGAAGAAAAUGGCAACGGCGAAACUUUGUCGAGGAAGAAGAAGAGAAGCGUCGUGGAUGAUGAUGGUGGGAGCGAAGACAGAGAAGAGUCAGCUCAUGUAGUAGAAGAGACUGUUAAAGACGAGGUCUCGGAUCCGGAAACCGAUAUUGAUUCAACUCCAUUGGCUUCACUGAGGAAAAGGGUCAAGGUUGAUGCAAAGAAGACUGAAAAUGGUGAGACCGCUACACUAUCAUUAAAGAGAGAGAGGAAGAAGAGCAAGUAUUUUUCGCCUGAGUUCUUGUCGGAUUUUUCAUCGAGAGGGAGAAAAAAGAGCAAAGUCGAAUCUGAAUCUUCUAAAGCUCCAAGUCAGAGCCAAGCAGGAGAUCACCAAAUGACUGAUGCUAGUAAUAGCCUAGCCAUCGUGGUAAUGGAAGAGGAUAAUAAGUUGGAGAAUGUUUUAGGUAAUGAAGAACAGUCGGAGGAACUGAGUAACGCAGUGGAGUUUCUGAGAUUGGGAGCUACACCAACGGAAAUGAGGGAUCUGAUUCGUGUGGCUGCUCUUGGUAUACAGUAUCCAAAAGACAGUAGCUCAAGAGACAUGGUGAGAGAAUUCAUGUCCAUCUACAGAAGCUUCACUUAUCAUGAGGGUGCUAAUAGCAAGGUUUUAGGGAGUUAUAGUGGUUCAGGUAAAGAAACGGAAGAACUUGCUGAGACGGGAAAGCCCGAGACUAACAGCAAAGAGAGAAAAGAUAAGAAGCGUAAAGCAAAGCAGCAAACAGAGGAGAUUGAGCAGAUUGGUAAAGAAGAGAAUGAGUCAACAAAGAAAGAGAGAAAGGCUAAGAAGCCUAAAUCAAAGAAGCAAGGGGAUGAAGAAGGAGAAACUCAGAAAGAGGCGGGUGGUGGGUCAACAAAGAAAGAGAGAAAGCCUAAGAAGCCUAAAUCAAAGAAGGAAGGAGAUGAAGAAGAAGAAGAAACUGUGAAAGAGGCGAGUGAGUCAACGAAGAAAGAGAGAAAGCCUAGGAAGCCUAAAGCAAACAAGCAAGCAGAUGAAGAAGAAGGAACCGGGAAAGAGUCGAGUGAGCCAAGAAAGAAAGAGAGGAAACCAAAGAAGCCUAAGGAAGACGAAACCCAGAAGGAGGCAAUGGAGAUAGAGAAACCUGAGAAGUCUGAGAAGGAGUUUUCUGGAGCUGAGCUGUUUGUUACAUUUGGUCCUGGUUCAACUUUGCCUAAGAAGGAAGAGCUAAUCGAAGUCUAUGGAAAGUUUGGAGCGUUGGAUGAAGAGAGAACGUUCUACACCGACUUAUGCGCCCAUGUCGCCUUCUUGAACACAGCUGAUGGUGAGAAAGCCUUUGAGUCCUCACUAGAGAAAUGUCCAUUUGCUUUUACUUCCAAAAUUAAGUUCAGGCUCAAGUAUCCUAAUGAGAGAGCAGAAGAGAAGAAACCUGAAGCUGAAGUUGAAGUUGCUGAAGAGAAGACAAUGGAGGUGGAGUGUGUGAAGAAGAAGUUGGAUGAGAUGAGAUCAUUGGUGGAUGGAGCUGAUGGAGGAAUAAUGACUGAAGAAGUGAAAGUGAAACUAGAAGAUGGGAUUGUGAGUUUGCUGGAGAAGGUGAGGACGAUGAAAUCAUCUUAG